AACUCAAUCACAUACCACACCUAUUUCUAUCUAUUUGACUCUAAACUACAUCGAUAAUCAUGAGUACCGGUGGUCAAUCGUACGGCAAGUUGGUGCGCCUCCGCGCUCUCAACCCCUCACAACUCCCCGCCCAUCCCGACCUUGAAUCGAUUCAACUUGCUGCUUCAGCAUUGCCGCCUCUAGAGACCUUCAUUACCGAUGUCUUGAAUGAAGCCUCGACUUUCAUGACAGAUUACCUGCCUCAGAACUUUGCCAUCAAGGAACGAUCAAAGACUUCUCCUCCGGCAAAGGCUACCAUCCAACUACUGGCUCAUGAGAUAUCUGCUCAGCACCUCGGUCCCAAUGCACAGGAUGAGGCAUGGUUCGCACGUACAAGUCUUCACGAAAACAAGAAGGAGCCUGGAACUGCAAAUUGGAACGAAUUCGAAGCCGGUCUUCUUGAUGACCACAGUUUGCAUGAAUCACAGUACACGCCGGAUGUCUUCGACGCACACAAGGUUCUGUCUUGGGAUUCGAAAUUGGCCGAGAAGCAAGCAAAGGUCGGUAACUGGGAGAAGGUUGGCAUGAGCAUCUUCGAGAUGGCUCACCAUAUUCCACCUCCGCUGGACAACCGCGCCUUCCCGGUGCUUGUUGUCACGGCACGCUCUGCUGGCACUGAUCAUCCGUCUUUCCUGGUUGUCCAAAUUCCUGUGGAUAUCACCAAGCUCGACAAGGCACUGUAUUCAACGCACAAGAACAAGCAGGCAGGUGACAAUUCUGAGAAGAAGAAGCCUGUCACCCUCGGCCAGUAUGUCAGUAUUGAGCGUUGCGCCAUGGUUGAGAACUUCGAUGUCAAGUGGCAGAUGGCAACCGCUUCUGAUGCAAAGGGUAAUCUGCCAAUGUGGGCUCAGAAGAUGGGCAUUCCUAGUGCUAUCAUCAAGGAUGUCGGUCUCUUCAUUGACUGGAAUGCAAAGAGGAGAUGAUCAAUUGUCGAGCGAUGCAUUAUCUGUUUUCUGUCGAUACCCCCUGAGUUAGUCCUUGCGAGCACCUAAGCGAUCUCGAUAUAGUGUCGUUAUUCAUUCGAUCUACAGAUACUUCUGCUCACGUUUAUUUCAUCGAAUGGGAUGUGUGGUGUAACAAGUCUUUCGUGUAUCAAAGCCAAUC